GUCUGAAUAUGCUCACACUUUCUCAUUGUUUGUUGGCCUCAUGUCUUCUGGUAACUUAAGUGAAAGACCUUCGGAAGUUCCUUAAAUGACUCGAAAGAAAGGAGAUUUCAACCAUGGGGUUGCAGAGAAUUCUGCUUCAGGGUUGUGAUGCAUCUAUACUACUUGAUUCAACACUUGCAAAUCCCUCAGAGAAAGAGAACCUAGCAAAUGGCCAAAGCUUAAGAGGAUUCGAGGUGAUCGACGAGGCAAAAGCAGAACUGGAGUUUAACUGCCCGGGUACUGUUUCAUGUGCAGACAUCUUAGCAUUUGCAGCCAGAGACUCCGUCUUAGAGCUUGGAGGGAUCAACUACCAAGUCCCAGCAGGCAGGAGAGACGGCAAAGUUUCCAUCAAAGACGAACCAACACAAAACCUCCCUUCACCAAACUCGACUGUUGAACAACUACAACAAAUGUUUGCUACAAAAGGGCUUAAUUUACAAGAAAUGGUAGCACUUUCUGGUGCACAUUCAAUUGGCAGGGUAACAAGAUGCUCGGUAUUUUCUCACAGACUUCACACCUUUAAUGCCACUCAUGUACAAGAUCCUUCCAUGGACUUGAAAUUUGCUGGCGAAAUGAAAAAUAACUGCCCUUCAACUACCAGUGGGGGAGAAGAUGAAGUUAAAGUGCCGCUUGAUGGGUUUACGCCGAGUAGGUUGGAUAACAGGUAUUACAGGAACUUGGAGAACGGGCGAGGUCUGUUGUCGUCUGAUCAAGCUCUGAUGGAUAGUCCUCUGACUGCGAAAAUGGUUAGAAGGUUUGCUAAAUACGGGAGAGUUUGGAUGCCGGAGUUUGUUAAUGCUAUGACUCGAAUGGGUUCGAUUGAGGUCUUGACUGGUUCACAAGGUGAAAUUAGAAGAAACUGCAGAUUUGUGAAUCUGUAAUAUCAGUAAUACUGUAGUAGUACUAUAUUUCGUCAGAUCAAGUUUAUGAUUAGGGAUUAUGAUUAAAUGAUCAUCAUGAUAUUAUGUAACAUGAGCAAAUGAUUAUUUGAAGUUAAGGAAAUGUUGAGGUAAAAUAUAACAA